UAAACCCUAUUUUUUUUAUCUAUGACGCCUCAUUUUCCCGCCAAAAUUCCAUCUCCAUAAUCGAACUUCAUCGGAAUUUUGUAAAAAACCAAUCCGAUUGAAUGAUAAGUAUUUGAUUACUGAGAAGACGAAGAAGAAGACGGCGACGGCGACGAAGAGUUUGGCGUGAAAUUUCGAAUAUGACCGCCAAGGUCACUUCCAGAGAUGUUCAAGAGAUUGUUUCCAAACUCUCCUCCGAUAAAGCUAAAGCCAGAGAAGAUGGGAUAAAGCUGUUGAAUACUUGGCUUGAAGGCGAAAGAUCGAUUGUAUUUUGUAAAUACAUCUCGGAAAAAUCUGCAUUGCUUAAACCUGAUGAACUUCCUCACUCGGAGACGUGGCCUUUUAUUAUAUCGUUGCUUGCACAAUGUGUGACGCUGGAGAUACAAUCAAGCAAAAAGCGUUUGCCGAAAUUAGGUUUUGCGAAGACUCUUAGGAUUGUAGUUCAACGUGCUGAGGAUCGUAAAUUUUCCGGCAAGAAUUUGCUUCUUGUUCCUGUUGUGAAAUUGCUUUUUAAUCACAUCUGGGAUGUCUUAAGAGAUGUCCCCAGCUUUCAAUCUGAGUAUGGGGUCAUUCUCCGGCACCUGUUGCAAGUACAACAUUAUCGAUUACAUAUCAGAAAGCGUGUAUACUCUGGUCUUGUGCUUUUGUAUAUGGAAAAAGUGGAAACAAGCUUGGAUGUGAAAACUAGUAGCUACUCGAAUCCUAAAGAGGAGGUCUUUCGUUGCAUUUUAACUCUUCACUCUCUUCUUGAAAAUCCUCCUGGGGAUUUUCCUGCUGAUCUUCGAGGGGACAUUGUCAAGAGCUUCAUUGGAAUUUUCUGUCAUAUCAGGGAGGAGGGGAAAAUUUCACGCAAGCUAAUUGAAUGCCUCAACACAUAUUUGUUAAAGGAUGGUCCAAAUUUGGAUUCCCAAAACCUUGAAAUCCAUGAUUCUGUUCAGCAAUUUGUGUUCCGCUGCUGGUUAACUACACAUGAUCGAAGCUUAAAGGAUGCACUUGUUCUUUAUGCAAGGUUGCAACUGAAUUUGACCAGGGUUACUGGUGAUGGGAAUGCUUUGUUAGAACAACUCGAGGAGGUGCUAAGCAAGGAACUGGAUCAAAUGACUACUUCCAGCAGUAAUUUACCCUGGAAUGAUAUAACAAGAGAUGAAAAAUGUGGUAUCUUAACAUGUUCACAGCAAAGGUUCUUGGAGCUUGCAGCUGUUGUUUUUUGGCGGGCAUGCGCUAACACAUCGAAACCAGCAUCAGCUGAAAAACGAGCAAGGAGAGAGCACAUGGUGGUACAAGUGAAAGACGGGCUGAUGAAUGGAAAGUGGUCAUGGCAUGCUGCUUUCUGUUUUCUUAUUCGUAAUUACUCUAGUCGCAUCAGAAAGGAUCUUAUCAUCUAUUGGUUUGAAAGCAUAUGUGCAAGCUUUGACAGAAUCAUAAAUGAUGCAAAUGUGGAGCAUACUUAUGAUGGCCUGCUGUGGACUUUGCGGAGUCUGCAGAGACUUUCUUCUUUGCUGCUUUUUCCUAGUUCAAGAGGGGACCUUUCACCAAAGUCAUCUUUUUUCAUGAACGAGUUUGGCAAAUUUUGGCAUACAAUAUGGAGCUGUACUGUUCGUGGUUUGCCAAUAUUCAGUAAUAUCACUUCAGUUGCGGAAGCCGCUUUAGUGCUCCUUCGCAACAUGAUAUUGAGCGAUAAGCUCAUUACAUUUUCUGUUCCUCGAGAUAUAUGGGAUCUCCGGUUAUUCACUCAUUUACCAUCAGCAUCUGUUUUGUGCUUUGUGUCUUGCUACUUCUCUAGUAGAGCCUCUCAAGGUGAUCUCCAUGAGGCUUUGCAUGUCAGACAGAAUCUCUUAAAAGCUGUUUUAGCUCUUCUGAACUGGAAGGAGUCCUCUAUGUUAAAUGACCAAUUGGUGGUGAUGUUGCCGCCAGCUGUUUAUGCUCUUUGUGCUGGUUGUGCUCCUUUGUCACACUCUGUUCCUGAAGCUGGAAUGAACUGGGUUAUGGCAGAAGAACAGGAGCAAGAAAAUGUGCAUGAGUUUUGUGAACUCUCUGUGGAAGUCCUUGCAAGCAUUAGUCAUGAAUCCACUCCUCAGGAUUUUCUACCUGAAUGCUGCCAAAAUGUGCGUCUUCCAAUGAAGUUAAGAGAUUUGCUAUGUCAUGAAGUGGAAACUCGUACUCUUGAAGCUCUAAAGGAGAUAGAGAUUAAGAAGAUGCUCCUUUCUGAUAUCUUCUUGACAUGCGCUCUCUUAUCUAAUUUGAUUUACUGCUCAUGUUCAAUGAGGCAUAGAGAUGAGAAGUCCUAUUUCUUAACCAAGCUGGGAGAGUACAUGAUAGGGUUGUUGGAUCAGUCUGCUUCAAUCUUAGAAAGAACUCAUAACGAUAUCAUAUGUGGUUGUGCAGGCUCCAGUCCUGUUUUUAAUAGCAUGGAUUCUAUUGUUGCUUCGUUUAACAGUUUUGUUUCCUCUCCUUUUUUUAGCAAAUGGAGAGAUAAGAAUGAUAUCGACGUUGUAAUCUAUACUGGGAUUGUAGAAUCUAUUGAGAGACUUCUGAAGGGUUUAGCUAACCUAUAUGAUGCGUGUUCUGACAAUGGAAAAGAUGUUUGUUCAGGAGUAGAUCUUCCUGAUGAUUUUGAUAAUAAGAUGUUACAGAAUGAUCCAGCCGAUAAUAGUAAAAGCAUCAUUGUGGAUAUGGAGUUGGACGUCAACAGUGAUUCUAAAGACAUGGAUAUUUUAAAUUUGGAUGGGAAAGUUACUCAUGGGUUUGCUUUUUCAUCUGAAAAUCUGAAGAUGGAUGUUUUGUCUUUCAUUUCCAGUUUUUUCUCAGUUUUGCCUUCUCUAACAUGGGAUACCUUGUUUGACCUUAUUGAAAAGGACGGCAACCAAAGGGUGCUGGAAAAUCUUGUUUCCUGUUUAUGCCAGCAUCCUCACUGGUCUUCCCAUAGAAGAGUUUCUGAAUUGAUUAUGUCUCUGAAUAAUGUUGUAGAUAUGCAAGCAAACCUCAAACUCCAGUGCAUUCGUACCCUUGAUGCCAUCUGCAGUUUGGUGCGCAACAUCUUGUUGGCAAGAACUGCAAAGGAUAAAAAUGUCUCUUCAUUAUGGGAUAGAAUAUCUGAAGAGGAAUUGAUUUCUCUUGGAGAUUUGAUUAACAAAGUUGAUGAGAAGAAUCUAGUUGAUUGGUGCGGGCGUACUAAGCUUAUUGGUUGCAUAUGUGAUUUUGUGUUGCUUAAACCUGAAAUUGGUCAGUCCAUGAUUGAGAAGUUGCUUGGUAUGCUUCGAGAUUCUGAUUACCGAGUUCGGUUCUGCCUGGCACAACGAAUUGGCAUAUUAUUCCAAACUUGGGACGGUCACAAUGAACUCUUCCAAGAUAUAUGUUCCAAUUUUGGUCCAAGGUUGGUGAUUUUCUCAAAAGAUAGAGUUGUUACAGCAAAGGAAGUUUUGGCUGCUGGUCCUCAGGCUGGAUCCCUGUUGGAAACCACGAUAAUAACCCUCAUGCAUCUUGCAGUGGAGAGUGAGAAAAUAGAGUUAGAGGCUGUUUUUAUGAUGUCUGUUGUUGCUGCAAUUGAUCCUUCUCAAAGGGAAUUGGUCACUGCUGUGCUUGAUAAUUUAUCGAGAGAAUUAAAUUAUACUAGCAGGGCAAAGUAUAUGGAGGAGCUGAUCGGGCCACUUCUUUUUUGGUGGGUUGCUUGUGGUGUAAGUUUAGUGGCACUUGUGGAGAUAAGGGACCUGUUUGUCUCGAGUGUGGAACCUUGUAAUUUCAUCCUGUACUGUUGCCAAUGGCUUCUUCCAGCUCUGCUCCUGAAUGAGGACUUCUCCAAUUUGAAUUGGGUUGCUAAGAUUGCCUGUCAGCCCCUAGCAACUUUGGUCAAGAUUCACUUUGUGCAUGUGUUUUCAGUUUGUAUGGCACUGCAUUGUAGUAAAAAGACUGGAUGGAAAAAGGGAUCAGCUGUGCUGGAAAGUUUGAUUUUGAGGAUUGCUGAGAUAUCUGAGAAUGAGAGAGACAAGCUCAUCAAAAGGCACAUGGUUUCUAUUGUCAACCAUCUUUUUUCUCUUGCUGCUGCUUCUGCAGACCCUGCACCUCCUCUCUUUUCCAGAGAUACGAUUGUGCAUGCCAUUGAAACUGUUGUUGAUGGAUUCUUGGAGAUGGAGGAUCGUUCUAGAAGUGCUGGCCUGGUUGACAAAAUUAAUAUUUUCCGACCUGAUAGAGUAUUUUCUUUUAUAGUUGAGAUGCAUUACAAAGUUACUGCAGCAGCUCAUCAAAGGCACAAAUGUCAUAGAUUAGGUGGCAUUGAGGUGCUAGUUAAUGUACUUGGCCACAGAGCUGGUGUUUCAAGUAGUUUCAUUUACCUUCUCAACCUUGUUGGCCAAUGUAUUGGUCGGGAUGCUUUGCUUAACCAAUGUUGUCGUAUUAUUUCAACGCUGCUUAAGAUUUACAAAGAUUGUCCAUCAGAUGAGACUACACGCGUGCUCGGUGAACAACUUCAGUUUUUGAUAUCUAAAUUGGUUUUGUGUUAUUCGCCAUAUGACAAUGAUGGUGAAAAUCCCGUUGCUUGUUCAUCUGAUGUUCUGCCGCUGCUCCGUGAGCUUAUUUUGCAUUCUGAUGCAUCGCUUUAUGAGUACAUCAAGGAGCUUGAGCCCUUGCCUGACUUGGAUAUGUUUUCUGACAUACGAAAGUUCCAUGAGGAAUUAUGUCUAGACUACUCAGCAAAGAAUCACUUAGUAAAUCUGGCAAAAAGGUCUCUCUACCUUCCACCAAGAGUACUUGUUUGGAGCCUUCAAGCGUUGCACAAAAGAUUCUUUGAAGAGGAAGCUUGUCAAGGGUGGAAGAGAGCAAAACUUGGUUUUUUGAAUGAAUAUUGGCACUCUGACCAAGAUAUUGUUUCUGCAAUUUGGCAUCUUGUUCGAAUGUGUAGCUUGGAUGAUACUGACAACUUUGCCACAUUGGUUUCUGAUUUUGUGUCUAGGGUUGGUAUUGAUGAUCCCCAUCGCGUUGUUCUCCAUCUCCCUGGGGAGAUUAGCCAUGCACCUCGCUUUGAAGAAGAUAAAGCUGAAAAGGGAACAGAUCGGCUUGUUCAACUGGAUACAGUUGUAUCUGACAAACUUUUGAAUUCACUUAUAAGGCUUUUGAAGAAGUAUUUGAUGGAUGACUCUGUUAAGAUAAUUGAUAUGACAUCUCAAGCUUUGCGGGGGAUACUUUCAACAGAGAAAGGUCAAAGAGCUUUGCUAUUAUUUGAUCAACAUGAGAAAUCUCUUAUUGAGGUUCACUCCAAGGGUGUCAACACGGAGCUCGUACAGAAACUGGUAUCAGAUCUGGAAGCAAAGUUCAAUGCUGAAGCAAUUUCUCUGGAGAACUCUGCUAUGUGGAAGACUCGUGACAAAACUUUUGAUAUGUGGGUUUGUCCGCUGGUUUAUGGACUGAUUGGUUACUGUGAUGAUAUUAUCAUAAGGUUAUGUCAAGAUAUAUGUUUGGUAAAAUCUGAAGUUGCAGAGCUUUUGUUCCCAAGUGUCAUGGUUAAUCUAGCAUGGAGAAAAGAUUUGGAUGUUGACCUAUGCAAGUUGAUAUCUUUCCAGGUUCGGGAAAACAUAUUCAUUGAGUCCAAUACGCUGAUGAAAUCAAUAAAAGUUAUGUUGGAUGCACUUAAUCAGCUUCGGCUGUGUCAUAUGCUGGAGAGAUCCACAUCAUUGCCUGGGUCAUGUAAGCGAGAAAACUCAAAGCACACUAAGGCUUCUAGUUAUGGAUCAAAAUCCCAUUCUACAUCAGGGAAGCCGAAGGACAAUUCGUCAUCUAGAUUGGUAACAUCAACAUUAUCGUGGGAAAAGGUUUACUGGCUUCCUAUUGAUUAUCUUGUGGUUGCAAAGUCUGCCAUUAAUUGUGGUUCUUACUUUACUGCUGUUCUCUAUGUGGAACACUGGUGUGAGCACCACUUUGAUAGCCUCACACUAGGGAGCCCAGAUUUCUCCCAUCUUGAAAUACUGCCAAGCCACAUUGAAAUACUUGUCUCAGCAGUCACGCAAAUCAAUGAGCCUGAUAGCCUCUAUGGGAUAAUUCAAUCUCACAAGUUGACCUCUCAAAUAACCAUGUUCGAACAUGAAGGAAAUUGGACUAAAGCCCUUGAGCACUAUGAUUUACUAGUACAAUCGGGACUGAAGGAGCCAAUAAGUGGCCAUCCAAAAAGUCUUUCUUCUGACGAGUCUCAACCAGUGGUUCCAGCACUGCUUUCUAAAUCAAAAGAUCAGAUUAUGCAAAAGAGACCUUUUAAAGGUUUGAUUAGAUCUUUGCAGCAAAUUGGCUGCACCCAUGUGCUGGACGUAUAUUGCCAGGGAUUAGCUUCUCUGAAAGGCCAACUUCAACACGAUUUAGAAUUCACUGAACUGCAGUAUGAAGCUGCUUGGCGUGCUGGUAAUUGGGAUUUUUCUCUACUUAAUGGUGUAGCUACUCCGGUUCUUGAUCAAAAAAUUAAAUGUGGUCAUUUUAAUGAGAAUUUGCACAGCUGUUUAAGGGCUUUAGAGGAAGGGGAAUUUGAUGAGUUUCACACAAAAUUGAGAGAUUCCAAGAAGGAGCUUCUGCUGUCCAUCUGUCAUGCAAGUAAGGAGAGCACUGAAUACAUAUACUCAGCCAUGGUUAAACUUCAGAUCUUUUAUCAUGUUGGAAUGGCUUGGGGUUUACGUUGGAGUAUGUUAUGCAAAAAAACAGUUGCUUCGUCUGUGACAUUGAGGUUGUCAUCUGAACCUAUUGACCCCUUCAUGGACCAGCUGUCAUGGCUGAAUAAAGAUUGGAGGCGAAUAUUGGAACAAGCGCAGUUGCACAUGAAUUUGCUAGAACCAUUCAUAGCAUUCAGGAGGGUCUUAUUUGAGAUCUUAAAUUGUAGAGACUUCAAAUUGCAACAUCUUCUGGAAGCAGCAUCUACACUUCGGAAAGGCAUUCAGUUUUCUCAGGCUGCUGCAUCUUUGCACGAAUUUAAGUCCCUUUGCACAGCUAUGGGGAAAGAACAUUCCAAUGUUUAUUGGCAUGGAAGGCAGCUUGAAGAAGCUAAGCUUCUGCGGGCCCAAGGUCAGCAUGAGAUGGCAAUAAACCUUGCUAAGUAUAUAGCCCAAGAUUCCCAAUUUGAUGAUUAUACCUCAGAUGUAUUUCGCUUAGUUGGGAAAUGGCUUGCCGAAACUCGUUCAAGCAAUUCUAGGACUGUAUUGGAUAAAUACCUGAAACAUGCAGUAUCACUGGCAGACAAUCUCAAGGCUACAGACAGAAAGUCUAUAGCAAAACAAUGCCAAAUGCAUUUCCAUCUUUCUCAUUAUGCUGAUGCACUCUAUCGUACUAAUGAAGAGAGACUGAACUCCAAUGAGUGGCAAGCAGCAAUGCGCUUAAGGAAAUUCAAGGCAAAGGAGCUGAAAGCUCUAAUUAAACGUCUUAAAAGUUCAUCAAAGGGAGAACAAACUGAGUAUUCAUUAAAAAUACAAGAGCUGCAGAAGCAACUUGCAAUGGAUGGGGAAGAGGAAGAAAAGUUGCAGGAAGACAGGGACAACUUCUUAACUACUGCUUUAGAAGGGUAUAAACGCUGUUUGGUCAUUGGGGAUGAAUAUGAUGUCAGAGUGGUGUUUCGACUUGUUUCCUUGUGGUUUGGUCUUUCACCCAGGCCAAUUGUUAUCAAUGGCAUGAUUAGCACAAUCAAGGAGGUUCAGUCUCACAAGUUCAUACCAUUGGCAUACCAAAUUGCUUCAAGAAUGGGUAGCACAAAAGAUCAGGGACCACAUAGUUUUCAGUUUGCUUUGGUUUCUCUUGUGAAGAAAAUGGCCAUUGAACAUCCUUAUCAUACCAUAUUCCAGCUCCUUGCUCUGGCAAAUGGUGAUCGGAUUAAAGAGAAGCAGCGUAGUAGAAAUUCAUUUGUGGCGGAUAUGGACAAAAAGGUUGCUGCAGAAAAUCUCUUGAUAGAACUGCAUUCAUAUCAUGGGGAUGUCAUCAGACAAAUGAAACAAAUGGUGGAGAUUUAUAUCAAACUUGCAGAAAUGGAAACAAAGAGAGAGGACACAAACAGAAAGGUUACACUACCUAGAGAUAUUCGUAGUGUUCGAGAACUCGAACUUGUUCCUGUCAUAACAUCUAAUUUUCCUGUUGACCGGAGUUGCCAAUAUUGUGAAGGAUCUUUUCCUCACUUCAAAGGCUUUACAGAUUCUGUCACUGUGAUGAAUGGUAUAAAUGCGCCAAAAGCGGUUGAAUGCUUGGGUUCUGAUGGUAAAAUGUAUCGACAACUUGCAAAAUCAGGCAAUGAUGACCUGCGGCAGGAUGCUGUAAUGGAACAGUUUUUCAGUUUGGUUAACACUUUCUUACAGAACCACCGGGAGACGUGGAAGAGAAGAUUGAGAAUACACACAUAUAAGGUAGUUCCUUUUACCCCAUGUGCGGGCGUUAUUGAAUGGGUGACUGGCACUGUACCUCUAGGUGAUUAUCUUACCGGAAGUUCCAGCACGAGAAAUGGAGGAGCCCAUGGACGCUAUGGACAAGGAGAUUGGACAUUCCUCAAAUGUAGGCAUCACAUGGCAACGGAAAGUGACAAGCGCAGGGCUUUCCAAGAAGUUUGUGAGAACUUCAGGCCGGUCAUGCAUUACUUCUUCCUAGAAAGAUUUCUACAUCCAGCUAAUUGGUUUGAAAAGAGGCUUGCUUAUACAAGAAGUGUGGCUACUAGUUCAAUGGUUGGUUACAUUGUUGGGCUUGGAGAUCGACAUUCCAUGAACAUACUUAUUGAUCAAGCAACUGCAGAAGUAGUUCAUAUAGAUCUUGGUGUAGCAUUUGAGCAAGGCCUGAUGCUGAAAACACCUGAGAGGGUGCCAUUCCGGUUGACUAGGGAUAUCAUAGAUGGUAUGGGCGUAACAGGUGUGGAAGGGGUUUUUAGGAGGUGCUGUGAGGAAACUCUCUCUGUCAUGCGAGCAAACAAAGAAGCAUUAUUGACUAUUGUUGAGGUUUUUAUCCAUGAUCCUCUGUAUAAGUGGGCCUUAUCCCCUUUGAAGGCUUUGCAGCGUCAAAAGGAAACUGAUUAUGAUUUGGAGACAAGCUUGGAAGGCUCAGAAGAAGAUGAAUAUGAGGGGAACAAAGAUGCUGCUAGAGCUUUGCUGCGUGUUAAACAAAAACUUGAUGGAUAUGAAGAAGGUGAAAUGAGAAGUGUGCGUGGACAGGUUCAACAACUCGUACAAGAUGCAAUUGAUCCUGAUCGUUUGAGUCAAAUGUUUCCGGGCUGGGGGGCUUGGAUGUGAUAACAACCAUCAUCCAAGAUUGAAGUCUUCUGCUUCUCUAAGCAUCAUUUUUGGUUGCACUUCAGUCUUUUUGUUCCAUUUAUUUGGUGGUGUUCACGAUGCUUGACUUCGUACAUGCAGUGAGGCUGUAAGUCGAGCAUUUUCAUUUCACCUUUCAGUGUAAAUAUGUAUAGGCACUGCAUAGAUCACCUGUGUAAUAUAAUGAGUUCAUCCUAUUUCUCUAUUAAAAAAAAAGAAAGGUUCAUCCUAUUUCUCUAUAUUCCUCAAGCUUCACUGACAAAACAGCCUUGGAUUUCUUGUGGAUGGUGACCAUGACAGAGGCAUAUAAAGAAAUACAGAUAUAUGUAAAUUCAUUUUGGGUCAUA